GAAUUCCUUCGGGAAGAUCAGGAACACACGGAUCUGGAUUCUCCUCUGUGCUUUCACACCCUCACUUCUGCCUGAGACUGAGACACCCUAGGAGUGAGUGCACAGAAACGCCCCAGCCAAACCCACCUCCGCCAUGGGGGCCGUGACCCGGCUGUUGGCGGGCAUCCUCCUAGCCUCGCUCACCCUCACUACCGAAGGUGGGGUCCUCAAGAAAGUCAUCCGGCACAAGCGACAGAGCGGGGUCAAUGUCACUCUGCCGGAGGACCAGCAGCCGGUGGUGUUUAACCACGUCUACAACAUCAAGCUGCCUGUUGGGUCCCAGUGCUCCGUGGAUCUGGAAUCAGCCAGUGGGGAGAAGGACCUGGCCCCGCCAUCAGAGCCCAGCGAGAGCUUCCAGGAGCGCACGGGCGACGGGGAAAACCAGAUCAUCUUCACACACCGCAUCAACAUCCCUCGCCGGGCCUGCGGUUGCGCCGCGGCUCCUGAUGUCAAGGAGCUUCUGAGCAGACUGGAGGAUCUGGAGAAUCUGGUGUCUUCCCUGCGGGAGCAGUGCACCACAGGAGCUAGCUGUUGUCUCCAGCCCGCGGAAGGCCGCCUGGACACCAGGCCCUUCUGCAGCGGCCACGGGAACUUCAGCGCCGAAGGAUGCGGCUGUGUGUGCGAACCCGGCUGGAAAGGCCCCAACUGCUCAGAGCCCGAAUGUCCUGGCAACUGUCAUCUGCGAGGCCAGUGCCUGGACGGGCAGUGUGUCUGCGACGAGGGCUUCACGGGGGAGGACUGCGGCCAGCUGGCCUGCCCCGGCGACUGCAACGACCAGGGCAAGUGCGUGAGCGGGGUCUGCGUGUGUUUCGAAGGCUACACGGGGGCCGACUGCAGCCGGGAGGUGUGCCCGGUGGCGUGCAGCGAGGAGCACGGCAGGUGCGUGGACGGCCGCUGCGUGUGCCAGGACGGCUUCGCGGGCGACGACUGCGCCGAGCCGCUGUGCCUCAACAACUGCCACGGCCGCGGGCGGUGCGUGGAGAACGAGUGUGUGUGCGACGCCGGCUUCACGGGCGAGGACUGCGGCGAGCUCAUCUGCCCCAACGACUGCUUCGACCGCGGCCGCUGCGUCAACGGCACCUGCUACUGCGAGCAGGGCUUCACGGGCGAGGACUGCGGCGAGCUCAGCUGCCCGAACGCCUGCUCGGGCCACGGCCGCUGCCAGCAGGGCCAGUGUGUGUGCGAGGCGGCCUUCGCCGGUCCCGACUGCAGCGAGAAGAGGUGUCCCGCCGACUGCCACCAGCACGGCCGCUGCACGGACGGGCGGUGUGAGUGCGACGCCGGCUUCGCGGGAACCGACUGCGGCGAGCUCCAGUGUCCCAGCGGCUGCAGCGGCCACGGCCACUGCGUCAACGGGCAGUGCGUGUGCGACGAGGGCCGCACCGGGGAGGACUGCGGCCAGCUGCGGUGCCCCAACGAUUGUCACAGCCGGGGCCGCUGCGUCCUGGGCAAGUGCGCGUGCGAGCCGGGCUUCCAGGGCUACGACUGCAGUGACAUGAGCUGCCCCAGCGACUGCCACCAGCACGGCCGCUGCGUGAACGGCAUGUGCGUCUGUGACGACGGCUACACCGGGGAGGACUGCCGGGACCUGCGCUGCCCCGGGGACUGCAGCAGCCGCGGCCGCUGCGCGGACGGCCGGUGCGAGUGUGAGCACGGCUUCACCGGCCCCGACUGCGCGGAACUCGCGUGCCCCGACGACUGCCAUGGCCAAGGCCGCUGUGUGAACGGGCAGUGCGUGUGCCACGAGGGCUUCAUGGGCGCCGCGUGCAAGGAGCGGAGGUGUCCCGGCGACUGUCACGGUCGGGGCCGCUGCGAGGAUGGGCAGUGCGUCUGCCAGGAGGGCUUCGCGGGCCCCGACUGCAGGCGGCGCUCCUGCCCCAACGGCUGCAGCGGCUGGGGCCAGUGCGUGGAGGGCCGCUGCAUCUGCAGCGAGGGCCACGCCGGGGACGACUGCUCCGACGUGUCCCCUCCCAAAGACCUCAUCGUGACAGAAGUGACGGAAGAGACCGUAAACCUGGCCUGGGACAACGAGAUGCGGGUCACGGAGUACCUGGUCAUGUACACACCCACCCACGAGGACGGCCUGGAAAUGCAGUUCCGCGUGCCUGGGGACCAGACGUCCACCACCAUCCGGGAGCUGGAGCCUGGGGUGGAGUACUUUAUCCGCGUCUUUGCCAUCCUGGAAAACAAGAAGAGCAUUCCCGUCAGCGCCAGGGUGGCCACGUGUGAGUGCCCAGAACCCAUCCCCACCCCCGCAGCCUCUACUGCCCUUGGCUUGCCCAGUGCAUGA